AUGGCCGAUCCUCCUGUGGGGUCGCACGCAGGAUCUGAUAUGCUGCUAUCUCCAGAUGGAUCUCAUAGUAAACAUGAAUCGACUACCGAGACUGGCCCAGAGGCUGCCCGCCCUAUACAACAGAGCAUCAGCAACAUUAGCCUCAUGGAACAACCGGCUGUGCUAGCGACUGGGAGGACUUUGCCAGACACAUCUGAUGCUGCUCUUUCGGGAUCCGAUGGUAUAUCUAACAACUCUGGCGGUGAGGAUGAUGGAAGCGACAGUGGCAUAGAUGAUCCAAACUGGGAUGCGGUGUCAGAAACUGCAUCCGAAACCCUAUCGCCGGAGGAAAUUCUUGCGCAGGAGCGUCGGCGAGAGGAGAUUAGGAAAGGAAAGGCCAAAGAGGUCAUCUCAUCUAGGCCAGGAUCCCCAUCUCAGUCACACCACGGGGAAAACACCCGCGAUCCGCCUUCGGACGCGUGGUUGCCCUCUUCUGACAUGGGACAACCCUUAGAGGUUGCCAUACGCCAACUUGCAUUGCGAGAACCCCUUGCGGAUCUUCUUGAGAGGAGUGAAGAUGGAGGAGCGAGUCAACACGCAGUGCCUGGACCGUCCGCCGAGGGCGGUCCAGUUCUAUCAGAGCCAAAGGCUGGGGAGACCGCUGAGACCGAAGGCUACUUUUUCGUUCCGUGGGAGAGAGAUCCCGAUCGACCACUCCAGAAGUUACCUAUUCGGUUCAGAGACUGCCUGGGACGCACAUUCUUGUUUCCGUGGGAAAAGGCCAGGACAUGGAAGGGAACAAAGCAUUUAAUCAACGAAGCACUUGGCCAUGUGGAUGACAUUGGUGGCCAGGUGAAGGCAGGCCAUUACGACCUCAUAGCUUGGGAUGUCUGGGAAUCUGAAAAGUUUGCUUCUAUCAACCCCAAGUUGACGAGUUAUGUGCAACCCCCACAAGAAUCACAACACAGUGAGGACUCGUCCUCGGGCUCACCGGCGGCCGAGGCGCCACCAGCCGGCUUUGUAGGCAGCGUUGUAAACGGGAAUGGUUCACCAACCAAGGACAUGGGGGUCAAGACGCGCAACGCUGUUAUUCUUCCCGAGCUCUGGGAGUUUGUUGUCGAACCGGGCAUGCUUAUCUCGAUGGUCCUAUGGCCGUGGAAAAAGAAGAAGAAACCGUUCCACCCCAGUUCCUCUGGUUCGGGCUGGUCGUCGUUUACCCCAGGGGGUCAAAUGCAAACCGUUACGGUCGGGACUGGAAGAGGCCGAGGUGGUGGUAUGAUACCUCCGAAUCAGCCUCUCGGGCGAGGACGCGGAGCCCCUCCACCUCCGCCUCUCGCCCCUCACGGCCCUCACGCUGCCGUGCCACCCCACCUUAUUCAUAACCCACCUCCCGCCGGAGUGCCCCCGGGUGCUGGUCGUGGCACCUGGCAGGCGCCUCCUCCCCCCCGAGGUAUUACUAUCGUCCAUGCCAGGACUAUCAUUCCAAAGACGAGGAAGAAGCAGGAAAGGUGA